AUGAAAACAAUAAUUCUUUUGGGGCUACUGGGAGCCACAAUGUCAGCUCCGCUUAUCCCACAGCGAAUUUUGUCUGCAAGCAACAGCAAUGAGUUACUUCUGAAUCUUAAUAAUGCUCAACUUCAGGCACUACAGCUUCAGAGCCCAUUUAAUUCAUGGAUUCCUCCUUUCUCUGGGAUUCUACAACAGCAGGCUCAAAUUCCGGGGCUUGCCCCAUUCUCUUUAUCAACUCUAGACCAGUUUGCUAGACUGCUCCCAAAUCAGAUAACUUUCCCAAGACAGGCCAGUUUUCCCCAGGGAAACCAAGUGGGACAACUGGACCCCUCACAGUCUCAAACACCAGUGCAGACCCAACAGGGCCCUAACCACGCAAUGCCUUAUGUGUUCUCCUUUAAAAUGCCUCAAGAGCAAGCACAGAUGUUUCAGUACUAUCCGGUUUACAUGCUCCUGCCCUGGGAACAGCCUCAGCAAACUGUCCCACAGCCGCCUCCACAAACGGGACAGCAGAAAUUUGAGGAGCAGAUGCCAUUCUAUACUGAAUUUGGAAAUAUUCCACAACAAGCAGAGCCUGUUAUACCAGGAGGACAGCAGCAACUAGCCUUUGACACCUUCCUAGGCACAGCUCCUGAACCUGCUGUGAUGCCAGAAGGAGGAGUGAUACCAUAUUUACAAAAAGAAAUAAUAAAUUUUAGGCAUGCCAGUGGAGGAAUUUUCACUCCUUCAACUUCACAAAAACCCAGCACAACAAAUAUUUUUGCUUCUGCUAUAGAUCCAACUAGUACCCCAGAGCUCAUGGAAGAGAAGGCCAAGACUGGUAGCCUAAAGGAACCAUAA